GCAUCGUUAGCAUUAAGCUAAUCAACUUCAGUUUAUUAGCUUUUAUAUCAACAACCUUUAUGUUUUAUUUAAAGGGAACGCUUUAUGUAAUAUAUGUAACAAAUCUUGGCAACAUAGUGAGUUACAACUGUCUCUAUUUCUACUCUAUUUCACUCUGUUUAAUAUCUAAUCUCUGUGUAAAUGGGUGUAAAUGAACAUCAGUGUGUUGAUGUGUUUCCAUGGAGACUGAAGCAGGUUUACGGAGAAUAAGCACUUGCAACCAGAUGAACCAGAGAGGUGUCAAAACGGGACAGAGGAGUCCUUUUGUGAGAGCUUUAGAAAAAUGUUAAUAAAGAUGCCUUCACAAUCCUGUGGAAUGGAGAGUCUGAAGUGAUGGAGAACAGAGAGGAGAGCCCUGCAGAUGAGCGGGCCGCCACACCUCCAGAGCGAGGACUGCUCCACAUCUGGCAGUCAGCGUGUCCCAGUGUGCUGCUCUGUCCAGAGAGAGUGCUGCUGUCCAGGCCUGUCCUGCAGGCCGCCCUGGGAGAACACCAUGGACUCCUACUGACACAGGGUGGACAGGUGUAUUCCUUCGGAGAGCUGUUGUGGAGGAAUCUGAGCAUCCCGGUGUCUGCUCCGGUGCUGGAGGUCUCUCUGCUGGGGAUUACGGUUGUCCGUGUGGCUGCCGGUGGUUUCCACUGCGGAGCGCUGAGCAAGCAGGGCAAUGUCUACAUGUGGGGCGAGAACACUGCAGGACAGUGUGGGCUGACGGAGAGGGGCACAGUCACAAACAUCACAGUUUCAGAGCCUUGCCCCGUCACUGUGAUGGACAGUGAGGUCGUUCCUCCAGCGGUGGUUCGGGUUGUGGAUCUGGCUCUUGGACGGGAGCACAGCCUGGCUCUGUCGGCCCAGAACGAGCUGUGGGCGUGGGGCAGCGGCUGCCAGCUUGGCCUGGUCACCAACACCUUUCCUGUGUGGAGACCACAGAAGGUGGAGCACUUGGCAGGCAGACAUGUAAUUCAGGUGGCUUGUGGUGCCUACCACAGCCUGGCCCUGGUACGCAGUCUAACGCCACAGAAUACCCAGAAUCCUUCUGAGAAGAGGGAGCGGGGUCAGUCACCUCACUAUUCAGUGACAGAAAGAGAGGAGCUGUGUGCAGCUGAUGCUGGUCACUACUGUCCGCUGGGGGUGGAGCUGACUGAAGGCAUGACAGGCGAGACGUCUCCCAGAAGAAGUGGCCCCAGGCGAAGCUUACAACCUGGGGGAAGGUCAGCUGGCAGCAGCCCUGGCUCUGCAGCCCGUUCAUGUCCAUUAUCUAACACUAAACAGACGAAUCUUCCAGUUGGGCAAACUCACCCUCUCUCAGAGACAGACGGCAACGCACUGUCAGGCUGGAGAGCCAAUAAGAACUCUGCUUUCCCUGAUGAAAUGGAGCUCCAGAGCAUCCUCCAGAAACUAUCCAGUCACUCAUUGGAGAUGCGCCACACCACCGGGCUAGGAGAUACCGACUCACUGAGCAGCUACACUUCAGAUGACAGCUAUGUUUCCUCAACUCCUUCCACAGAUCUGUUGACUUCCAGUUGCAAAGAAGAAUCACCAAAUAAGAGUCAAACCAACAAUAACAGUGGAGUGGCCGUGGCGUACUCCUGCUCCCCAGUGUGUUUGGAAGAUGUUCGUCUUAGUCUGGAGGCGGAGAAGCAGUCGCUGCAGGGGCAGAAGAGCACCAGUCUCACUAAUAUAAACCAGAAGGGGAAAGCAGCAGCAGCAGCAAACAGGAGACGCUCCCUGCCUGGAACACCCACUCGAGGGUCUCCACGGGGACGGCGGCCUUGUGCCAACAGGUCAUCCUCUGCUGGUCGGACCCAGUCUGCAGCACCGGAGGAGGCCGGAGACGGGCUGCCGUCUCUGGAGACGGAAGUGUGGAGCUGGGGCCGCGGGUCUGAGGGCCAACUGGGCCACGGAGAUCAGCUCGCCAGACUCCAGCCUCUGUGUAUCAAGUCGAUGACAGGCGAGGAGGUGAUCAAAGUCGCUGCAGGGUCACACCAUUCACUGGCUCUCACCGCUCACUGCCAGGUGUACUCAUGGGGCAGCAACAUGUGUGGACAGCUCGGUCAUGUCAACAGUCCUGUCACGGUACCUCAACAGGCAAAGCUGUCUGAGGGUCUUCGUGUUUGGGACAUGUCGGCCGGUCAGAGCCACUCCCUCCUCCUGGCUGAUGGAGACUGUGUCCAGCCAGUCUUGUUGUACUGCGGCCAGCAGCAAGAGCCAACGCCAGAGCCAACGCCAGCGCCAACUGAGAGGUCACGUCGGGGUCGACGGUCAAUGCAGAGGUCACCCAGUAGAGCAGAGAGUUAUACAGUCAGACCCACCCUGCUGCCCUUCUGCAUGGAGAUGGGUUACAUUAGCAUUGUGUGCAGUGGCGGUCAGAGCUGUGCAGUGUUGGCAGACCACAACGUCAUGGGUUUUAUAUCAGCUAUCCAUGAGCUGGCGUCCAGAGAGAGACAGUUCUACUGCUGGUUGAGCAGCGUCAGGAAGCUCCUCCUCACACCGCUACGUAACCGAGAGAGUGUGUGUCCGUCGUUAGGUGAGCCGUGCACUCAUCUCUUCUUCUCUCUCUGUGAGAGUUUUGUACGUCUGAGCGUCCUGAUCGGUCGACACUCCACGUCACUCAGCUACUUCCUGCAUGAUGUGCAGGGCUGUGAUGUCACUUCCCUUCCCCUGCUGACGCACACUGAGCACUUUCUGGACAUUUAUAAAGAGUAUUGUUCUUCAGUCGGUAACUUCCAUGUGAUGGGUGGAUUCCGAUCACUCCUUAAACUCUCACUUGAGUGUUUAGGCUCUAAGCAGACCAUCCUCGCUCAGCUGUGUGUACCAGACCAGUCCGACGGUGGUGAUGUUGAUCUGGUUUCCUUGUUAUACUGGCCUCUGCAGCAGCUCCACCAGUACAGCCGAGUCCUGCUCAAACUGGCAGCCUGUUACGAUGUGUUAACGACAGAGUAUCAGUCCCUCCAUCAGGGCUGCAGUCACUAUGACUCCAUCUCUUUGUCCCUGUUGAGGAAGAAGAAGGAGGCUGAAACCACCUUCCUCUUCUGGAAGACCCACUCUGGAAAAACUACUGAGGUGCUGCGUCUCCCGCAGCGUCGCAUGGUGUGUGAAAGCAGCAACAGAUCUCUGACUCUGCAGAAGGCCGGGCGGUUCUCCAACCACUGGUUCAUACUGUUCAACGACACACUGGUGCACACACAGGGUGCCAUUCCCUCUCAGAGCUUUUUCUCCACACAUCGCAUCUAUCCUCUGACCUGUCUGUGGGUGAAACCAGUUACUGAUGACAGCAGCGGACUCUAUGCCAUCAAAAUUACAUGUCCAGAGGAGAGUUUCACCCUGGUGGCCUCGACACCACAAGAGAAGAACAACUGGCUGAGGUCUCUUAACCAGGCGGUGGAUCAGGUGCUGGGUGGUGCAGGUCACGGGUCGUCACCAGGGUUGACGGCAAUGUCUCGUACGGCCUCCUACGUGUUCACUGGAGAGGGCCGGUUUAAAGACGCCCGGUACACCGGGUGCUGGCAGGCAGGACGAGUUCACGGCAGAGGAACCAUGAAGUGGCCAGAUGGACGGACCUACAGCGGGAACUUUAAGAAUGGACAGGAGGACGGCUAUGGAGAAUGUAUAAUACCUGACAAAGUGCUGAAUAAGGCCAACAGCUACCAAGGACACUGGAGAGAUGGCAAGAUCCAUGGUUUCGGCAAGUACAAGUACGCCAGUGGCGAGGUGUACGAGGGCUGCUUCUGUGACGGGCAGCGCCACGGUUACGGUAUGAUGAGCUCCGGUAGGCUGGCCAAGAAGUCCUCCGGCGUUUUCAUUGGCCAGUGGGUCAACGACAGGAAGACAGGAUACGGAGUCUACGAUGACAUCACCAGAGGUGAGAAGUACAUGGGACUGUGGUCGGACGAGCAGCGGCAUGGCAACGCUGUGGUUGUCACCCAGUGCGGCAUGUACUAUGAAGGGUUCUUCAGAGACAACAAGAUGUGUGGUCCAGGUCUGUUGAUGUCAGAUGACGACACAGCUUUACAUGGGGAGUUUUCUGAUGACUGGACCGUCAACGGGAAGGGUGUUUUAUUGCAGGCUAACGGUGACAGCCUGGAGGGCCAGUUCAGUGGAGAGUGGUCCGUAGGGCUGAAGGUGGUUGGAACGUACAUGAAACCAACUGCAGAUGAGCCUGAAAACAAAGAGAGAAACAACCUGCUCAGGGUGGGUCAGUACGUGGUGCCUGCAGCUCAGAGGUGGCUCUGUGUGUUCGAUGAAUGUUGGAGUCGACUGGGCUGUGAUGCUGCUGGGAAAGGAGAGAGGACCGAAGCCUGGGACAACAUCGCUGUUACAAUAGCAACUGCACGACGACAAAGCCCAGAUCUCACUCGGUCUCAGAGUAAAGCACUGGAGUGUUUGGAGUUCAUUCCUCAGCAUGAAGAACCGGUGACCACCGCAAACUUCGACAACAUACGAAGAUACCUCAUCAAGGCGUGUGAGACCCGUCACCACCCUCUGGGCUGGCUGGUGGAGACAUUGGUGACGGUCUACAGGAUGACUUACGUCGGUGUGGGAUCCAACCGCAGGCUGCUCCGGCAGGCCGUCCAGGAGGUUCUGGCAUACCUCAUACAUUUCUACAGCAUCGUCAGGUUUCUGUUCCCGGGGCUACCAGAAGAUGGCGGUGUCCUCCCAGACCCCCCUGCCUCUCCAUCUAGACGCAACUCUAACAUAGCAGAGCAAGGUGUUAUGGUGGUGAGCUGCUCGUCUCUGCUCCUCCCUCAGCUGCUCCCUCGACUCUACCCUCCUCUCUUUACCCUGUACUGCCUGCAGGAGGAGCAGGAGGAGGCGCUGUACGGGGAGCGCAUCCUCCGACUCAACAAACAGCCUGACCAGUCGCUGCUCAGCUUCCUGGGAGUGCAGGAGAAGUUCUGGCCAGUGUGGAUGUCAAUUCUGGGAGAGAAAAAGCAGAUUGUGUCCAGCAGUAAAGAUGCCUGCUUUGUUUCUGCUGUAGAGACACUCCAACAAAUCAGCACCACCUUCACUCCGUCAGACAAACUCCUCGUCAUCCAGAAGACGUUUGAGGAAUUGACCCAGGAAGUAAAACCGAUGCUGGAUGGCAACUUCCUGUGGUGCAUGGAUGACCUGCUCCCUCUCUUCCUCUACGUGGUGCUCAGGGCAAGGAUCAGGAACCUGGGAGCUGAGGUCAGUCUGAUAGAAGAUUUAAUGGAUCCCAACGUUCAGCACGGAGAGAUGGGACUGAUGUUCACCACACUGAAGGCCUGCUACAUCCAGAUCCAGCACGAGUCGUCCAUGUAGGAGCAGACAGGAAGACGCCACACAGUCAACAAACAGCGAUGACAGCACCACCAGGAGCAUCGAAACGCUUCACACAUACAGUAGGAGCUGCCAGAACAAAGCCAGUCAAACCACCAGUAUCCUACUGGAGGCAACUGGGAAGCUGCACAGACAGAUGGAGGGAGGGGAGAGCGUCACUCCUUCACCUUCUGUCAAACAGGAAUAUGAUUUUCAGUAAUAUUAUAUUAUAUUAUUUAAUGAAAGUCACAGACAAUUCUCUUGCAAAGGUGUAACAACUUAUUACAGUAUUUGUAUUCUACUUUUUUUUUCCUAAAGGGUAAUUCAUUAGAAUAUACAGUAAGAUCUCUGUGAGGUGUUGUGCUGUAUAUAACUCCAGGCAAAGGGAACUGACUACACGUCACUGAGGAAAAUAUUAAUGUAGAUAUUGUUUUAAUGGCUCCUCAAAGGGAACUUCAAAGUUUUGAAGUUAUGAUUUCUGUCUUUCCACAUGUUAACAGUAAAUGCACUGUUGGAUAUAGCAAAAUUUAACAAAGCCUACACUCAGUAGACCGUAUAUGGAAACUGCAGUUUUGUUAAAAAAUGAGCAGUCGAGGCUGCUGGUUGUCAAGACAAACUGACAGAAACAUGUUGGUUUGGUGUCGGUUUUGUGAAACCGAAAAGAUUUUCUUGCACUUGAGCGUGUUUUUAGCACUCGUAGUAAUGCGAGCGCUGCGUUUUCAUUACUUUUCACUGGUGCAACAACAGGAGACACAGAUGGAGUUAAUACAGCGGGGUCAAACUGAGCCUCCUCUGGUUCAUCAGUAAGCAGCUGCAGCAGCUGAAAAGUAGACUGGAUGAAAUUCACAAAGUUACUGUCUUAAAACAAAGCUUAAGGUACUUAAUGCCUCAUCUGUGGUUUGAUAUUCCUCCUCAGCAGCCAAACCAAAAUCACCAGGUCUGAAAGCUUCAUUUCUCAUGGAACACUUUUGUUCCUUCAAAUGUAAAUUAGAUGCAAAUUGUGUUACUGUGUUAGCAUAUAAAUCAAAAAUGCUCCGUCUCAGUGGCAUCCCCUCUCACUCCCUAAACUAAUUUUUACAUCUUUUGAAUGCAGGAGAGGUCGCUCAAUACGUCACACUAAACUGAUUUUCAGUUUCUUGAGACUGUUUAAAUUAAUUUGAGUUAUUAAUUCUAGUACUCUCCUUUAAUACAAAACCCAACCUGUGCAUGCUCCUGCAUGUUGAACUAACAGCUUGUCUCAGGUCUGAUCAGUAAGCUGACCAGUAGGACAGUUAACACGUCACUACGGAGGGAAAUGAUUUUGUACUUUACUUAAUAUAAUUAAUGAGUGAACGCUGAUUAGCUAAGCAUUAAGGAAAUAUUCCUCUGUUGGUACUUCAUUCAGUUUGUUAUUCUGUGUGUUUGUGUGUGAACGAGCAUGUAUGAACGAGUCUGACGAGAGACAUUUUCAACGUUGCACUUUCAGCUUUCCAGGAACAAAUUCCUGGAAAGGAUUCCAUGAUUUUUCUCAGUCUCGUUAAAGGACAUUAUGGCCCAAUUCCAAUCCGGUU